AUGACGCAACCGGAAGUGACGUAUCGGCAUCUAGACCGGAAGUCACAUGACGAACAAGUGCGCGAGUCACAUGAUCGGCAGCAAUGUGAGCAGGAAGCUCACAUAUCCUCCAAAGAAGGUCAUAAUAGAAAGUAUAAGGACUAUGAGGACGCAAUAUUGGGAGGGGAAAAUGACCCGGAAAAACACUUAUAUGGUCAAAAAGGGCGGAUUGUGCAUUUAACCACCAUAUGUAUGUAA